AUAAAACCAAUCGACCUAAAUUGAGACACGAGAAAAAUGGUAUCUAUCCCGAAUACAAAAACAUAUUGUGAAUUUCCCUAUCUAUCUUCUCUUCAGUUUAUUAGUACAAGAAUACACAAUAUCGAGUUUCAAGAUCAAGAGUUUCUUGUAGAGCUACCUCUUUGUAUUCACAGCAAUCUUCGUGUUCUACCACAUCUUCAUCUGAUGGCUGGAGGAAUCGAUGCCUCAGCAGCAGGUGACCAACAAUACGACAGAAUGGAAAUGCUCAAAGCUUUUGAUCAAACAGAAGCCGGUGUUAAAGGUCUGAUAGAUUCAGGACUAACCAAAAUUCCAAAAAUUUUCGUGAGACCAUCUGAAGAUCUGGCUCAAGAUCAGUUAACUUACAAGAAUAUUCAAGUUCAAGUUCCUGUGAUUGAUCUCAGCGGCAUCCUGGACGCUGACAGGCGGAAACAGAUCGUUGAACAAGUGAGGAUGGCCUCGGAAACUUGGGGCUUUUUCCAGGUGGUGAAUCAUGGGAUUCCUCCAACUGUUCUUGAUGGAAUGAUUGAUGGGAUAAUGAAGUUCAACGAAAUGGAUGUUGAAGAGAAAAGGAGGUAUUAUUCACGGGAUUUAACAAGAAGGGUAAGGUUUAUCAGCAAUUUUGAUUUGUUCGCUUCAAAGACAGCUAACUGGAGGGAUACCAUGAACAUUUCAUUUCCAAACCAAAUUGAUAGCGAAAAAUUGCCAGCUUCUUGCAGGGACAACACAGUGGAAUACAUAAACCACGUGAAAAUUCUAGGAAAAACUCUGCUUGAGCUACUCGCGGAGGCUCUUGGACUCUGCCCUGAUCACCUAAACAACAUGGAAUGCUCAAAGGGGCACCAAGUCAGUUGCCACUAUUAUCCAGCCUGCCCUGAGCCAGAACUGACUCUAGGAGCCACCAAGCACUCUGAUCCUGGAUUCCUCACUAUUCUUCUACAAAACCAAAUCAGUGGCCUCCAGGUUUUAUAUCAAGAUCAAUGGGUAAACGUUGAACCCACUCCAGGAGGGUUAGUUGUAAACAUCGGGGAUCUUCUCCAGUUGGUGUCAAAUGGGAGGUUCAUCAGUAAUAAGCAUAGAGUGAUAGCUAACUCCACCGGACCACGAAUUUCUGUGGCCUACUUUUUCUCUGGACCUAUCAGCGAGGUUAAGACUUAUGGCCCGAUUAAAGAGCUGAUAUCAGAAGAGAAUCCAGCCAAAUACAGAGAUCUCCUCCUGACUGAGUAUAUGGGUAGGUUUAUGAAGACUGGACUUGAUGACGAGAAUUGGGGUAUUGAUUACUACAAGUUGUGAGGAUGUAUUGUUGUGGCCAAGAAAUCAUUUCUUGAGAUGAAUUUAUGAACACUCGUCGCCACAUGAUUUUCUGUCGCAUAUAGUAAUGAAAAUAAAGUCGUGGCGGUGUCUGUAUACUGGAUUUCUUAUCUUGUAGUAUGGCAAUGUGGGUGUGUUGUAUUUUAGUUCAUUGGGCUGUAUAUAUACUCUUUCCAAUUUAACGCAAUCUGAACUUUGAGCAUUUGAAGUCCA